AUGUGGGUCACGCGCGGAAUCUCUCUCAUCAAUUUCGGAGUCGCCUCGUCAGCGCUGGCAUUCCAAGUCUUCGUCCUAUACCCAUGGCACCAUGAACUAGACGACCAGUUCAAGCUCUUGAAAUAUGAGCACCGACGCGUACUGGAACAACACAAGCUGCUGCACCAGGCCGACAAACUGCCACAACUGGCCAAGCCUCAAUGA